AAAAUUUCCUAAAUUAAUAGAUGGGGAUCAGUCCAGACUCUCUCUUUACUUCUAUUUAAAGGUGCGGGGUAUGGUGAUACAAAGUAACUUCUGUUGCAGGUGAAGCCUUUAAAAGUUUUUUCGGAAUAACAUAUGAACAGAUGAACGAAAAGAACAAAACAAACUUCCAAGAUGUGUUAAACAUCGACCUGAUCACGAAAACCGGAAACGUCAAGUACAAUUUAACAGCGACGCACAGGCUGACGCGGUUGAUGGUACAAGCGCAGACGAUCGUCAUACUGAUCCAUGGUUUCAUGGAAAGCUCCGAUGGCUGGAUGGUGCAAAGCAUAGCUCCUGAGAUGCUGAAGAAACCAAACACACAAUUGUUUGCAUUAGAUGGUAGAAAGAUUAUCAAUAUUGAAUACUUCAGGUCUUCAACUUAUGUAAGGUUUAUGGGAGACAUACUUGGAGAGUUUUUGAGUGAUGUCAUUAGAGAUGGACAAGACCCAACACGGAUUUAUAUAAUAGGUCACAGUCUUGGUUCUCAUAUUGCUGGAGUAGCGGGGAAGCGAGUCCAAGAGUUGACUGGGGAGCAGAUUGGACGCAUCACUGCUUUGGACCCAGCGGGUCCUUGUUUCAGCAAUGUUAGUGCAAGUGGAAGACUAGACAAGACUGAUGCGAAAUAUGUUGAUGUGAUCCAUACUAAUGGUGGAAUGCUGGGUCUUAAAGAGCCUGACACAAAGACUUCUAUCCAAACGGAGGAACUUCCCAGCCGGGAUGUUAUAUAUCGGUGUGCGACCACAGCAGGGCGUGGGAGCUGUUCGCCGAAUCCAUUAACUCGCCGAAUCAUUUUCCUGCCCGUAAAUGUGAUAACUGGACAAUGUUUGGACAAGGCCUGUGUUCAAGAAACGCCAUAUCCUACAUGGGUUUACUAUCUGAUGCUAAUAACCCUGGUCAGUACUUCCUCGCUACUAAGAAGACUGCGCCUUUUGGAAUGGGUUCUGCAGGUAGUGGAUGAAGAAGCGAUUUUAAUAAAAGUACUUUUUUUAAUUGUUUUAUUUUGAGAAUAAAACCAGACCUUAGAAUAGUUACAAAGAGAACUCUAAUUCAACUUAAUAGACAUAGCAUAGCUCAUGUUCACAAAUCUGAUG